AGAGCCACUGGUGCCCACUGAGCUACCAGCCUUCUGUGCCUGAGUGCCAGGACCCUUUUCCCCUGCAGCCAUGAACCAAGCCUUCUGGAAAACUUACAAGUCCAAAGUGCUACAGACGCUGAGUGGAGAAUCUGAAGAGAACUUGGCAGAGGAGGUGGGUACUGUCCUUAUUUUCUAGGCCAGACAGACAGCCAGCCAAGGUAGGGAGCACAGAGAGCAUUAAAUAGUCUGGGGAAGAAGACAAUUGUAGGUGGGCUUCCAAACAGCACAGCGCAGCGACAGAGAUGUUCAAGAAAAUGAAGGAGAGCUAGGGCCAUGAGAGAAGCAGUCGCUGACUCCAAGGAUCUCAGGAGCUGCCAUACGAAAAAGAUCGUUCCAACGCCAAUAUCGGCAGUAGACACAAAAGUACGUUACACUUUAUACAGCUUUCUAGUGGACAAAGUUAAGCAAAAGUGGGAUCCCUUGCCUGCAGAGUAGUGAGCUCCUGUUUAUGGCAGUAGGGAGUGGCUCUCACCCUCUGCGGACCACAGUAGCAGCAUCUGAUGAAAGCCAUACUUAGGCCGUACUUGGUUGUGAGAGAGAAGGCAAAAAGGACUUUGAAACUAAGACCGUUUAUGUCUAGUAGUUGUGAUAAAUGGCAGUUACACAAAUAGAUGCGGCAGGGGGCAGGGACAAGCCCGGCGAGGGGGUGGAUAAGCCUAUGAUUGGACAGGUGCGUGUCCAAGACUGGCUUCCUGUGGAUGUGUCGGCAAGAGAAUGCUACAAUUAGUGUCUCUGUGGACAGUCCGGUGCAGAUGUGAACUGGAUUUAAGGGAGAGCCCCACCUUGGAGGAGUCUGAGAAGGCAGAACCCACGGAGGAGACGUUCAACCCCAUGUCACAGCUGGCCCGCAGGGUUCAGGGGGUUGGGGUGAAAGGCUGGCUGACAAUGUCAUCUCUGUUUAACAAAGAAGACGAGGACAAACUGCUGCCACCAGAGCCCUGUGCUGAUCACCCGCUGGCUGCGCCCCCUUCCUCGCAGGCGGCCACAGCUGAGACCGAGCCGCGCGGACCAGGAUUCUGGGACGCGUUCGCCAGCAGGUGGCAGCAGCAGCAGCAGGCGGCGGCGUCCAUGCUGCGCGGCGUGGAGACCGCCGCGGAGAGGGACCCGGAGCCCCAGGACAAGCCUGACGAGGAGGCUACCGAGUGCCCCGAGACACGGGAGGCGGAUCCAGCGGCAGGCUUCAAGUGGGGUUUCCUCACCCACAAACUGGCAGAGAUGAGGGUGAAGGCUGCGCCCAAGGGCGACUAGCUGGCCCGCCACGUUGGUGCCCCUUCUUCCCUACCUCCCAUAAAAUCGUCUGGAUUGACA